AUGAGCUACUCUCUCUACGACGCCUCCAUCCCCCUGGCCGAGAACGCCCUCAAGUCUCUCGCCAACAUCCUCAAGCUGGCUGAGGCUGCGCCCUACGCAGCUUACCUCUUCACCGCCCGUAUCCACCCCGACAUGCUUCCUCUGGUCUUCCAGGUUAUAAUAGUCACCGAUACUUCAACUAAAAUCGUCGCCCGCCUGACUGGUGUUGAACCCCACGUCUGGGAGGGCGAGGUUAAAACCUUUGCCGACUGCUACGCUCGCAUUGAGAAGGCCCAGGAGAUCCUGGCCACUGCCGACAAGGACAUCAUCAACCAGCGCCAGAACGAGCUCGUCAGCGUCGGAAUGGGCUCUGCCGGAACCUUCAAGAUGACCGGCGUUAACUACGUCAACGGCUAUGUUCUGCCUAGCCUCUUCUUCCACCUCUCCACCGCCUACAACAUUCUGGGCAAGGAGGGUGUUCCCCUGGGCAAGCGCACCUACCUUAAGCCCUUCAUCGGCCAGUACAUCAGCCAUCAAACUAGCCUAUGA